AUGAUUUUAGCAAGAAUACCGGGCACUCUACCUAGCAACACCGAAGUGAACCCAAGGGAGCAAGUGCAAGCUAUCACUUUGAGAAGUGGUAAGGAGCUGUAUGAAGUGGAGAAUAAAGCAAGGGUUGAAAACAAGGUAGAUGCAACCCUUCAAACAGGAAAGAAGGAGGAAGAGCAAUUUGAACCGAAGAAGGAGAGACACCAACAGCCACAAGUACCCUUCCCGAAUAGGUUAAAGCAACACAAAUUGGAGAAAGAAUUCGGUAAGUUUCUUAAAGUGUUUAAAAGUUUACAUAUUAAUAUUCCGUUUGUUGAUGCUUUAGCCCAGAUGCCACACUAUGCAAAGUUCUUGAAGGAGAUAUUGGCAAACAAAAGGAGAUUGGGAGAUGUGGCUACAGUUGCUCUCAAUGAAGAAUGCUCAGCAAUCCUUCUCAACAAGCUGCCCCAAAAGCUUAUUGAUCUAGGGAGUUUCACUAUCCCUUUAACUAUAAGGAGUUUGAAAAUUGAAAAGGCAUUAUGUGAGGAGCUAGCAUAA